AUGGAGAACGAAUUCUUCCUCAAUGCCGCUUCCCUUCACUUCGAACCUUCUUCUUCUUCUUCAAUGCCCGCGUGGCCAUCACUCUCAUCCGCCAUGGAUGUUCAGGCUGCCGUCCUCAAUUGCACUUCCGACCAACCCCACGAUUGCUUUUACAACAACGCCAAAUGGGAUAAGUCAACGGAUCAUCAUGGUCUUCAGUUCGAUUCUGCUCUGAGCUCGAUGGUUUCUUCUCCGGCAGCGUCCAAUUCCAAUGUUAUGCCCAAUAAUGAGAAUUCCAUCAUCAGGGAACUGAUAGGAAAAUUGGGGAACAUUGGGGCAUCUCCUUACGCUAAUGGCGGUAAUAGCACUGAUACUUCGUGUUACAGCACUCCCUUGAGCUCGCCUCCGAAGAUGAACAUGAUGAACCAGCUGGUGAAAGAGAACUUGCCCAGUUUAGGGAAAUCGAUGGUUUUGAAUUCUAAUGUUGCAGAGUUCUCACCUGAUCCUGGUUUUGCAGAGAGAGCCGCCAAGUUUUCUUGCUUUGGAAGCAGGAGCUUCAAUGGCAGAACAUGCCAGCUAGGCAUGAACAACGGUCAAUUGUCUCUAAGAUCUACUCCAUCAAUGGAAAAUGAGAAGCUCGCCCGAGUGUCAAGCAGUCCUACCCUGAAAGCACUUGGAUCUCAAACGGAAGUGGCGAAUUCCCAAGAGGAAUCGACAAUCUCUGAGCAAACCCCAAAUGGGGGAAAUGGGGUGAAUGCGAAUUCGAGGAAAAGAAAAGCUUCUUCCAAGGGAAAUACCAAAGAAACUUCAACUUCAACCAAUCCCACUCCCAAGGCUAAUGAAACCAAUGAAGAUUCAAAUGCAAAGCGCAGCAAGCCAAACGAGGGUGAAGGGAAUGAAAAUGGAACCACGAAGGCAGAGGAAGACUCAAAAGGAGGUACAAGCAAUGCAGGAGAUGAGAAACAGACCAAGAGUAACUCAUCAAAACCUCCUGAAGCGCCCAAAGACUACAUUCAUGUCAGAGCAAGAAGAGGCCAAGCCACUGACAGCCACAGUCUUGCAGAAAGAGUCCGGAGGGAAAAAAUCAGUGAGAGAAUGAAGCUUCUCCAAGAUCUUGUACCAGGUUGCAAUAAGGUCACUGGUAAAGCACUUAUGCUUGAUGAAAUCAUAAACUAUGUGCAGUCAUUGCAGCGUCAGGUUGAGUUUUUAUCUAUGAAACUGGCUUCUGUGAACACCAGGCUGGACUUCAACAUUGACAAUCUAAUCUCAAAAGACAUGUUUCAACCAAAUACCUCUUUGGCACAUCCAAUAUUCCCUCUAGAUUCCUCAGCACAAGCCUUUUAUGGGCAACACACUCAGCAAAACCCAGGAAUCCACAAUAACACUCUUAAUGGUGUUAUGUCCCACAGCACAGUAGACCCAUUAGAAACUGCUUCUCUGUGCCAAAACAUGGGCAUGCAAUUGCCUGCCCUUAAUGGCUUUAAUGAAGGUGGUUCUCAGUUUCCAGCUGCAUUCUGUGAGGAUGACCUUCACACCAUUGUUCAGAUGGGAUUUGGCCAAAGUGGAAAUGGAAAAUCACCCAGUCAUUCCCAGGACUUCAACGGUUCAAAUCAAGUCACCCAUCUGAAAGUUGAACCCUAAUGACCCUUCCAUUGCGCCUGAAUUGAGGGUCAGAAAGGAAGAUUGCUGUAUACAAACAAGAGAUUUAAUUCCAACAACCCCCAUGAAUUAUUUCUAAGGCCUUUUAUCUCUCUAGGUCUAUUUUGUAGAACCCCUUUUUUGCUUCCUCCUAAAAUUUUAUCCCACCCCUUUAAUUUCUAAUCUUCUGGGGAGCAGCUCUUUCCUUCUCAAUUUAUAUAUAUAUUUUUCAUUGUUAUAAUUGUACAACUAUUCAAUGUAAAAUCUUAGGACUCCCUCCCUCUCUCUCUGGAGAUCUGUAUUAUUCUGUGGUGCAGAUUAUUAUUACCGAUGCACCAAUUGUAAGAUAUUAUAAUUAUAAUGCUAAUUGAAGGUGAAAGCUAUUGUUA